CGCGUGUUCCGGGGCUUUCGGAGCAGCGGCGUGAGUUGUUUUAGGGCUUCUUUCCAGAGUGAGGAUAGCCUUUUCCAGAUUGUGACCAGCAGAGAGAAGAGAUUCCAUCUUCCAGAGGUCGCCACUGUCUGCCUCCCCACUUGUCCCAAUCCUCAGUCAUCUUUUUAAAUAAUACAUGAUGCCAUUAUUAUCUCAGGAACUGAAAUGGCCAGACAAAUCCAGAAAGAAAUACAGAGAGGUGUGGAAUCAUGGAUUUCCCUUGGGAACAGAAGACCUCACCUCAGUAUCAUAUUAGUGGGCGAUAACCCAGCAAGUCAUACGUACGUCAGGAAGAAGAUCAGAGCCGCCUCUGCUGUAGGGAUCUGUAGUGAGAUCAUUCUAAAACCUAAGGAUGUUUCACAGGAAGAACUUUUGGACGUAACUGAUCAAUUGAAUAUGGACCCAAGAGUCAGUGGUAUAUUAGUUCAGUUGCCACUGCCAGACCAUGUGGACGAGCGAACAGUGUGCAAUGGAAUUGCCCCUGAAAAAGAUGUAGAUGGAUUUCAUAUUAUCAAUGUUGGAAGAUUGUGCCUUGAUCAGCAUUCUCUCAUACCUGCCACUGCCAGUGCUGUUUGGGAAAUCAUCAAGAGGACAGGAAUUGAAACAUUUGGGAAAAAUGUGGUUGUAGCUGGAAGAUCCAAGAAUGUAGGGAUGCCCAUUGCCAUGCUUUUACACACUGAUGGAGAGCACGAACGGCCGGGAGGUGAUGCAACGGUGACCAUAGCUCACAGAUAUACUCCCAAGGAACAACUGAAGAUCCAUACUCAGCUGGCAGAUGUUAUCAUAGUAGCUGCCGGUAUUCCAAAGUUGAUUACAUCUGAUAUGGUUAAAGAAGGUGCUGCUGUAAUUGACGUGGGUAUCAACUAUGUCCAUGACCCAGUGACGGGAAAGACAAAACUGGUUGGAGAUGUGGACUUUGAAGCUGUUAAGAAGAAGGCUAGCUUUAUCACUCCGGUUCCUGGAGGUGUGGGACCCAUGACGGUGGCAAUGCUUCUGAAGAACACCCUUCUGGCAGCUAAAAAACUCAUUUACUAGGUCACAUGAAAGAAUAAGGCAAAAUGAAAUCAUGCUAUUUAUUUAUUUGACAAAGGGCAAACACCUUUAUAUUUUACUACAAAGCUAUUUAUUUCUACAUUGUAUUUAUUUUUUCAUGGAUGGAAUCAUUGUGGAUCAGAUGAUUCAUACAAUCUGACUCAUUUCCUGCUAAUAGAUUUUGAGUUUUAGGGGAAAAAAAAGAAAAAACAAACAAUUCCAAUGAAAACUUUGGUAACAGUGGUUUAUUUUGUGAAUAAUAUUUGUUCAUAAUGUUAAACAAUAAAGGGCUCAUAAUAAAUGAAUAUAUUUUUGACACAAAUAUCACACACAGUAUGUUUUCAGCAAACGUCUUGUCAGCCAAAUGGGCGCCCUUGUAAAAUGUAAUUUAGGUUUUGACAUAAGCAGUCUCAAUUUUUAUAUACUUUGUUUAUCAUAUGCUGAAAAAGAGCUUACUUGCUAAAAGAAAGAUAAAAUAUUAAAAGUAAAAUCUUGAUUCAUGUAUCUCCCAAAUGGACCCUACGAGGCAUCUUAAUGAGAAAUGACACUCUAUUCAAGGAAAGAAAAGUAAACAAAGAAGGCAAAAAAAAUGCAGUGCUGCUUAGAAAGGUAAUAAUGAUCAUUUCAAAUUGUGAAUGACUACUUGCCAUAGUAAAAAUGUAAUAAGAAUAUGUUGGGUUUACAUGUAAUUUCUUUCUUCUUCUAGAAAAAUAUUUGGAUAAUACCUUCCUUGAGGAAUAAUGGAAAAUCCAAAACCAAUCAUAUAAAACAAAACUGUGGUUGUGUUUUCCCACAAAUAUUAGAAAAAUAUGGUAUACUAUGAGUGAGGAUUUCAUUAAAGAAUGAAUAUUAGGUUUGUUCACAGAUUCGGAAAUUAAUAGGAAAAUAUGACACAAUGUGCCAAAGCUAAACCUUAGGCUAUAACUAAAAAUCUACUGCAUUUUUGCCCACAGUUCUUCCCUCUUCUGUUAUGGCAAUUGGUUCUCAGAGUAGAUGUCAUAUUUUUAACACAAUGUAAAUUAGGAAAUACACAUGAAUGUCAGUUGAAGGCUAUUUUGAGACUACCCUAAGUACUUGAUUGUAUUGUUUUCAUGCCCAAUCCCAGUGUGUGUUUAUGUACCAACAAUGAUUCUUGCCCAGUGCAUGUUUUUACCAGUGUGUGC